GCUGUUCGAUUAUUUUAAGCUGUUUACUUUUAGCGAAAUGGAUGAAAUUCUGUUUCCAACGCAAAAUUCACUAAGUGACAACGAUGAUGUCGAUUUAAAGUUCUUUAACACAGCCACCGAAAGCCGGAAAGAUAGUGAGACAUCCGACACGGCAGAGGGCAAUGAUGCCGAUAGCAAGGAUGCCAAAGCAGAUGCUGAUGCGGACGGUGACUCCGGCGAGCCCUCUCAAAAGAAACUAAAAACCAAAAAGGAGCUCGAGGAGGAGGAACGAGAACGCAUGCAGGUGCUGGUGUCCAACUUCACAGAAGAGCAGCUAGAUCGGUAUGAGAUGUAUCGCCGAUCCGCCUUUCCCAAAGCCGCGGUCAAGCGUCUUAUGCAGACCAUAACCGGCUGCUCGGUCUCACAAAAUGUGGUCAUAGCAAUGUCUGGCAUAGCGAAGGUGUUUGUGGGCGAGGUCGUGGAAGAGGCUCUGGACGUGAUGGAGCAACAGGGCGAAUCGGGCGCACUGCAGCCCAAGUUUAUACGCGAGGCCGUGCGACGCCUGCGAAGCAAAGGACGAAUGCCCAUUGGACGCUUCCAGCAACCCUACUUUAGACUAAACUAAACAGUAGGAUUAAGUUUGUAGCUCUGUAACCGCUAGAACCUAAACUAAUCGUGUGCUCGUGCCUCCGCCUGCAUGGUCUGCAGCACAAUAUGCGGAACCAGAUGCGAGGAGGCAUAGUUGAGUGGCACUGUGGCCAGCGGCGCGCUGCCAUCGGAAGGAAAGUUGAGCUCCUGCGCCAUGGGCAUAUCCCGAUCGAUCACAUCUUGGGCAAUCAGGGUUUUUGUCUCCUCAUACUCCAUGCCCGCCUCUGGCUUGGCGCCCAUCAGCAGCUUGCCCCGCUGCACGCCCAUAUAUUGCGUCGCCUUGGCAUUUAGCGGCAACUGGCCGCAGGUGUCCGCAUGCACCUUGCGAUGUGCCUGCAGGUUUGAGAUGCAAGUGAAGCGCUUGCCGCAAUUAUUGCAAAGGAAACGUUUAAUGCCCGUGUGUACAGUCAUGUGCGUCAACAGACUCUCACGGUACGGAUACUCCUUGGGACAGAGCUGUAAAAGAGCGUAUAAAAAAAAAGUUAAAGUAAA